AUCAUGAUAACGACAGCAGUGUUGCUAGCGACGCUGGCCCUCGCCGGCGCCGUGCAUCCCUUGGACCUCGUGGAGGACCUUGUGGCGUCGCCCUCGAGCCAACAGGAGAGCUCGCCGAUCGCCCCGCCCCCGGUGAAGCUCGACAAGAACCUCCGGCGAGCUCUGCUCAAGGCCCUCGUGGACCUCGAGGCUGAGUCGGCCGAGCAGCACCACCAGGAGCAAGAGGACCAACAACAAUCGACCACCAGCGGUGCCGAGGACAAGCCAACCGAGCGGCCGGCGGUCGACGAGGACCGGUACGACUUUUUCGAGAUAUCGAAGCAGAAGAGCGCGAGCUUCUCCUUCGACAGUUUCCCGGGAGACGACGAGCCCCCGAGCGAGGACAAGCUGCAGAACUCGAGCUUCGUCGAGAGCGACAGGUACGAGACGCGGAAGGACGAGGGCCCCAAGUCAAACAGCAUACACCAGGACCCGCCCAAGGAUUACACCAAGGGCGUGCAGGUCCACCACGUGGUGUCCUCGGAGAAGGCCUCGGCGAUCUACGAAACGAAGCCAUCGUUGCCAGCCGAGCACCAGUUCCUCGAGAGCGCAGAGUCGCGCAACCCGGUCGUCCCCGGUUCAACCACGAGCAGCAGCACCAGCACGAGCAGCACCAGCCAAAUCCAGAAGAGCGUGACUUUUGCACCGGUGGCGGUGGUGGAAACACUGACGGCGAGCGCGAGCGGUAACGUAGCCGCGGCCGCAGCCAACGCCCUUGUCGCGCCCCGGCCUUCACCGUCGACCAAGCUGGACAACGAGGCUGGCUCGAACAGCAACGCGACCAACCGAGCCCGAGCCAACUCUGGCACGAAGAUCGCGAGCAACAAGCAAGAGUCGGCCGAGGAGGUGAGGAUCUUCCAGGCGCCCCUCGUCGCCGCGUUCACCGUCCAGCAGGACGAGCGCGGAGUGCCCAGGAGCGUCGUGCCCCUGUACCGCGCCGCUCGCAACGGCACCGGCCACGAGCAGCCCCUCACCCUCCAGGAGCAGCUAGAUUUCAAGCAACGCCUCCUCGAGAAGCAGCUCCUCCAGUUGCAGGCCCAGCAGCUCCAGCAGACCCAGUUCCUCAUACGCCAACGCCAGGCCUACGAGGAGCAGCUCCGCCAGAAGCAGCAACAGCACGAGUUCUACCUCCAACAGCAACAACAGCAACAACAGCGUUUAUUACUCCAGCAGCAGUUUGGGCCCCCGGCAUUGCCUGGCUUCCAGGCCCAGCCACAGCUGAGCUUCGUCCAACAGCUGCCCCAUCAGCAAAACCCGUUCCUCCAGCAGCAGCCGUCCUUCAAAGCGACGAGUGUCCAGCUCCAGCCCAGCCUGAGCCUCGAAGUGCCGAGUGUGGUGUCAGCCCCGCCCUUCCAGUCCAGUUCCCAGGUUUUGCGCGGCCUACAGCAACUACCACCCCAGCCCCAGCAAUUCCAGCCGUUCAACGUUCACCAACAACUUGAGUUCCAGCAGCCGCCCUCCCUGGCUGCCCCGGUCACGAGGUUCAACCGGCAGGAGGCCUUCAACUCCGUGGGCAACUUUGGCUUCAACAGCUUGUUCCCCGUCAACGAGGACAAGACCGCGUUUAGAAACAACAACAACAACAACAACAACAAGCAACAGCACUUUGUUCAGGCCAGACCGGGGGUGCCCCAGCAGCAGCUGCCCGUGCAGGGUCAUGGCUUCAACUUUGUGCCCUUCAGGCAGCAGCAGCAGCAGCAGAGGCCGUUCGGCCAAACGCCCACGACUCCGGCGCGCCAGAUACAGGACCUCCUCUUCCAGUCGGGCAUAGCCGGGGACCUCCAAGGUGCCGGCACGCGCAACCACCAGGAGGACAUCAACAUCGUCUCUAAGGUCCUGGCGCUCAACGUCGGGGCUUUGCCGGCCGCUGGACUCCAAAGGACGAAAGCCAACGGCUUCGCUGCCCAACACCUGCAGUUCGGUGUGCUGAAGAAGAAGUGAGGACGCCUUGGCGAGACAUCU